CGUGACUACCUCUCCGACUUCUUCGACGUUCUCGCCCGCGCCCCUCACGAGGACGAGAGCGUUUUCGAGCCGACGUGGCCGGGACCAGCGGCGAGUCCUAACAGCCGAGGCGUAUUUACCCGGUACGUCUGCCCACUUGCGCCACGAUGAAUCAGAGAACAGUUUGAAAAUUGCACUUACGGCCACGUCGGUGCAACGCGACGGGUACAAUUGCCGCGGAUUUGCAUAUACACGGGAAUGACGCCUUCCUGGACCUGGACGCGACGCGGCACGCAACACGUGCCUAAUUAUUUUCUUGCGGCUUACCGCGCGCGUUUCCCCUCUCUUUUGCGCUCGUCCGCGGCAUAACGAUCCGCGCGGGGUAGAUCUCCCCGUCGUUUUUCACCCGCGGAAUAUUCAUACGGGCGGCUGAUAUCAGCCGCCUUUGGCGAGUAUCGCGCGGCAAUGCACAGACGUUCGCGCGCAUAAACUCGGCUUUAUUUUGCGCGUAAAAAAAAAAAGAGAAGCGCGGCGUUAUUUAUCGCGUUUUCCUCAUAAAUCAAUUAGUGGAGGAAAGUUGCGGAGAUUUUUCGCGUUCCUCGUAAACGUGUGGCGUUGAAAUCGAACGAGAGCGCGAACGAACAGCUUGCUUCAAUGAAUCGAAUGAGUACUCGACGGCGAUGCUGUCCGCGCUUGUUGAAACGAGUUGUUUGUUCGUGCUUAGCUUGCGUUUUGUUCGACUCGACGUUACUCCGAAAAAAAAACCGCGCUUUCGCAAUCUAAUUGAGAAGAUUAACGGCCACAGAACUGUCCUCCGAAGAAAGUCUUGACUGCAGAAAUGAAAAAUGUUCAGGUCGUGCAAAUAGUGCGUAGUUGAUCGCAUUAAUAUAUUAAAUAAUUUUGUAACUUUAGAAUUUAGACUUUUAUCUAAAUGCCAAUUCAAUCGGGACAUAAGCAUUCUUGCUUCAAAAGCGACAUUCGAGAUGUUUUUCUUUAAUUUUCAGUCAAGUUCCGUACUUGUGACAUGUAUUUUCUUAGCAAUUUAAAAGGAGUGUAGAUAAAACUUCUACAUAAAAGGAAACUUAGAAAGUGACUUCAAAAACCAUGGGCGCAUCUAGCUUAAUUUUGUCCAAGUUAAAGUUCUUUUUUUUUUGCUUUUAGAAAGCCUUUGCGUAGAGAGUCAACGGAGCAUUUAUAUUUUCGUUUGGAAAAAUCCUGCGUCUGUAAUAAUACAAUCGCAAAUUUAACUCCUAGGAUAACUUAAAGAAAUAGAAAGUGCAACUUAAAAUUUUUAUCGGGCGGAGAAUCGACUCUACAUUGGGCUCUAAGGCGCUGGUCUGGGUGAGAUAGAGCCCGCAGGUGACAUCGCGGAUCAAUUAUGCAGCGUAAUACGACGUUGCGAAAAGUCGAAGGAGCAGAUGCAUAUGUAUGCGCGCGUAUACGUGUAUACGUAUUUCCUUUUUCUCGGGAUUGCGGCAAACGACGUCCCACGGAAAUCGAUCGGUGGCAUCGGUAUUUAUUUUCACAGGCCUCUUUUCACAGACGCGCGUCGACGAGGUCGCACGUGCAUUCAUAAAAAGGUCUAGUGCAGCGACCUUGAUGUUACUCGCUGAAUGAACAUAAGGUGCACUUGCGACCGCGGUGAUCGUUGCUGGAACUUUAAUCAUACAAAUUGGUGGGGGGGAAGAAGGCUAAUGCGAGCCAAACGCAGGUGAUUGUGCGAAAGUGUCCAAGUUGGAUCUUUUUAUUGAAUUUGUAAUUUAAUCAAACGUUUCGACCCAUCUUCGGGUCAUCCUCGGUGAGACAAAAUGAAAUCUAAUAAAAUCAAACAAAGACGAAGACGAUGAAAGACGCAUUGCAGUCAGCGUGUGCAUUAAUCUAAAGAAUAGAGACGACUGCCAAUAAAUAAAUUGAAGGGAAGAAGGCCAGUGCGAGCCAAACGCAGGUGAUUGCGCGAAAGUGUCUGAUAUGGAUAUUUAAUCAUUAGCCCAGCAAGCUGUUUCUUUACAUUUUAAUCAUCAGCUCUUUGAAAUCGACUUUCUCGCGGUGAUAAAUUCGUCGCUUCGAUCGAGCGCUAGUGGAAUCGAGGAUUCAUCCUCGUAUCGGCGCGAGGUCUCUAUCGGUACGAUGCACCGUUUGGACAGCUGUGCUAACGGAAUUAGUAUGCUAGAGCGAACCUGGGAUUCUUCGGCCGUGACGUUCCCCACUCGAGCUUCAGGAGUGGAUUCAUUCGCCGGACCGAUUUACCUACUCUAAUUGUUCAAGCAAAACGAUGUAAAAGGGUUUUGUAGAGGAAAAAUCGAACACGCAGCUACACGUGUAUAAUUUUGGCAACGCUUUCAACGUCCACGAUCAACGUUGGCUAUCGCGAGACAUUUAAGGAACCGAUACGGUUCGUCGUGCGAAGCAACGGAUUCAGUACGAACCAGCGAAAUUGUACAAGUCAUAAGAAAUGAUGGAUUGUAACAGUACUUUUGUUGCAAUCCUUUGGUACCGAGCCGAGUGCUUGGGGCUGGCAGUACCUUAGACCCAUCACUGUCGGCGAACGGUGCACGAAACCGGUCAGUCAGUGCUAGAAGGCGGGGAGAAUGUUCGUCCCGCGGGUUUUAGAAACUUCCGCCGUUGACGGUCCUGACAAGACGCGAGCGGAGGAGACGCCAGGCGAUACACACGCGGGCCCGUGAAUCGCGUCUCCGCCGGCGAUCAUGUCGCGGCAGCGGAAACGCGCACUCCUGCGGAUACUUCAAGUCGUCGUCUGCCUCGGUGUCGUGUCCUUGACACUGAAGCUGUCCCUCGCCGUUAUCGGCGACGAGAGCAGGCCCCUACCCGCCGACGAUGAUCUGAGAAAGCUGAUGCUCGAGGCCGAGGCGGACAACACGCGGCGAUCACUGAACGUCGAGAGAGUGUGCAAAAAGUAUAACUUGGGAUUUUACCGAAAGCUCGCCGACGACUCGCCGUUCAAGCACCCGCCCGCGCCGCAGUACGCCGUCUUCUACAUGGACAGAGUACACAACAUAUCGUACUGUCCGGUGUACAAAGCCGGCACCACGACCUGGCUCUACAAUCUCUGCCUGCUGAUGAACGUGCCCGAGGAGGCGCUAAACAACGGCAGGGAGCAGCUGUCGACCGUCGCCAGGAGAGCGAUGCCGGAGCUCGAGUAUCCCGAGGCCGAUCGCGUUUUAAAUACGAGCAGAAGGCUGCUGGUCGUGCGGCAUCCGUUCGAGAGGCUGCUGAGCGCCUAUCGCGACAAACUGGAGAACUCGGUCGCCGGACGGGAACACGGGACGCUUCACUUCUACCGCAAGCACGGGGCCAAAAUCGUGCGGAAGUAUCGCAAGAAAAAUUUCACGGAGCCACGACCGGAUCAGGUGAUCCGACGUGAGGGUGUACCGCCGCCGGCGGGGGUGGAACCGACCUUCCGAGAGUUCGUCGAUUAUAUGAUCGACAUUGACCUAGGCAGUUACGGCGACGAUCACUGGAUGCCAUAUUAUCUUUUCUGCACACCGUGCCUCGUCAAGUACGACAUUAUUGCGAAGGUGGAAUCGCUGUGGCGAGAUCAAGUGUACGCGAUCAAUAAGUUAGGAUUGCAGAGCAGGAUCAAACCCAGAUGGAGGCACAGCAGUGGUUACUCUAACGCUUCCAGGAUAUACUUCAGCCAGUUGAACCGUGCGAUGGUGCGGAGAUUGUACGAGAAACUCAGGCUGGACUUUGAGUUAUUCGACUAUUCGCCCGACGUUUAUUACGAAUACGCCACGUCUAUCGAUUAAUUAAAACCGAGCGUAACGAGCUCCGCGUCCGUCAGGGGCGCAAUUCUGCAAUAAUACGUUUAUCUCGAACAGCGACGUGAACCAUCGCCCGGGUGGUACAAACUGACGUUACUUGCAAAUGACCAGCUUUUGACAAUCGCGACGAUGCAGAGAACGGGCCUCGUUCAUGAGGGUUUUUUUUCUUUUUAAAAGAGCGAAAGAUACGUUAAGCCCGUACACGCGCGCACACGUAAUCCUGAUAAUUGAUGGAGCUUAAAUCACGUUACGUCACGCGACGAACUUUUGUCGACGACGAAAAUCGAUCGACCUACUUCUCACCGUACCUAAUGUAUCGGACCGGCGGUUUGUCCUAAAGUCAAGGGUCCUCGGGUGAACGCGUUAAUCGCCAAUCGCGGCAACCCGCGAAGCAGGGCAUUACCCUGCUAACACGCGGCGGGGAACGGUGCCGAUUGAAUCUCACGCGAAUUUCCACGGAGUCACAGCCAACGUGAAUUUCUUCAAAGGAACGUCAUAAUUUUUCCCCCAACUGUGAUACGCUGAAGUUAAGGACUCAAUUGAAAUUGGCUGGAUUAGUUCGUAGCCUCGGGGAUUAACCCCUUCGCGACUCGAAUCGAACCUGCGUCCCAUAUAAUCCGACGCGAAAUAUUAAUACCAUUUUUAAUUAGUUUAAUCUAACGUUAGUACAUACCGUUCGGGGAAUUUUAAGGGAUGAUACCAAGAAUAUAGUUUACUGUUCGUAAACUUCGAGGAUCGCGCGCGCAAAGUGUUGCAUUUAUCAGGGGACGCGUUUGCGCCAAGUUUUUCUUUACGAG